GGUACAAACGCACGCAGUACCAUAUAUAAUCAAGAAUACUCCCCUCUGUGUGGCAACAUUGUCUGAAUUAUACAUAUUCCCACAAUGAACCCAUUACGCUAUCUGGCGCCUCCUCGCCCAUUCAAGGAUAUCUCCAACUGCACAAGCAAAGAGAUUAAAGAACGGAUCAGCUAUGUGGACUCUAUGAAAGCCAUCCCUCACUUCCAGACAUCGGAAGAAUACCAAGAUGCUCUUUGGACCUAUCUGGAUGCCUGUCAUACUCUGACCGAUGACGUUCCCUCCCAGGAAGAGAGCGAGGCCGCCAAGGAAUGCAUCCGGAAAUACGAAAAGUCGCUCGAAAACAACGACGAGCCGGCCAAGCUGUCCUUUGAUCUGACGACCAAAACCAAACUGGGCGAAGAACUCGACAAUCUCUGGAACAUGUGGACUUUCAACCGAUAUGAAAAGUAUCUCCCUGAAGACGUGGCUAAGGAGGCGAAGCACCACCCUUCGUCUCAAGUGGCCGACCCCUGGCACAAGGCUUUCUGGAGACCUCUCAACGGACGCCUUGAAGCGGAGAAAGAAUCGUUUGACAAGGUCAUGAAAGGGCAAAAUUUCCAUAACGGAUGCCCAACUUUCCUUUUGCUGGCGCUCCUGUGUGACCGCCACACGCUUGACUGGGAUGAGACUCUUCAGUUGAUCAACGCUUGCGGUAGUGACGGUGACGAUGUCAAGCUCCCUGGGGUAGAUCUGGUUGAUUUCAUCAAAAACCGCGAUGCUUCCGGGUUGGCGGCUCGUUUGGAUCGCGACGAGGCGAGCAUUUCGCUUUCCACGGAGUAUGUGAUGGGUGUGGGGUCUUUGGUCCUGGCGUUUUUUGCCACUCAUCUCCCAGAGUUCUUCUUCGAUAGAGAUGAGUCUGAUGUGUCGGAUUGGAAACCGAAGCAGUCCUUGCUGGUUCUGAUGGAUCUUGACUCGGGACACGAGCAGGCGUUGCGGUUUUUGAUGCAAGAGAUGUUUGAGAGAAUGGCCAAUGGGGAGUCGGAUGGGGAGGAUGAUGUUUACGAUGAUUGGGAUAAUGAUGAUGAUUCUGAUGAAGCUGCCUUUAGUGAUGAGUCUGAAGAUUACUGAUUGUGUCGAUCUGGUUGGAUUUGUUGUUUCUUGCUUUGUUGAUUUUCGUUCUAGCAGAAAAUCAUGAGUAUACAAUACCACUUGUGCUGCGAAUUUG